CCUGUUCCUCUCCCUGGUACACACUCUUUCUUUUCAUCCGUCUCACAUGCGCUCUCUCUCUUUCUCUCUCUCUCUCACACACACAUACAGACAGAUGCGUGCACAUUCACUCUCCUCUUCAGUCUCUUUGUGAUUGCCUUACUUUCCUCAUCAACAGGAAUAACCAGAGAGGGAGCAAGAGAGAGAAAGAGACAGACACAUCAGUACAGAGACAAACAGACCUUCAAUGAGCUAUAAAGACUGCCAGAGAGGUUAGCACAUUCCUCACACUCAGUAUCCCUGCACACACUCACAUACACGCCUGAUGCCAUAAUAAUCCAGUCACAAACAUACGCACUCAGUAUUCCAUGUGAAUAGCUUCCCCUCAGUACAAAGAUGUACAGACAUAUUCCUAUAGAUAUCUGCCACAGAGAUAUAUAUUUAUAAAGCCACUCGCAUUCAGCUCACACAGGAGCUGCAGUUGAUGUUAUGACAGAGCGAGAAAUGCAGCAGCCAUGAACCAGAUGUGUGUGGAGCCCUGCAGAGCGCUGCAAGACAGUAUCAGGCAGUUGCUGAGCCGGACCGGAGGAGAGUUCCGUCUGCAAAAGGUCCAGCUGGAGACAAGACCCCGGAAAUUGGAAGAGAGGAUCCUAGUUACAACAUGUUGGAGAUUCUAUUUAUUCUACAUAAAAUUACCUGCAAAGAUUGAAAGCUCCUUCAGUGUACUGGAAAUCCGAUCUUUGACUGCCAUUAGUUUCAAUCAGAUUCUUAUUGAGACUGAAAAGGGAAGUUUCCAGCUCAUCCUCACUGUACAAAACACAGAUCAGCUGAUUAAUUACAUCCAGGCCACAUUAUCAAAAAUAUUCCCCUCUCCAGAUACAGUAUGUUUGGUCAGAAGGCAGUAUCCCGAGUCCGCCGACAGCUCACAAAAUUCAUCCCCAUGUUCAGACACGGCAGGGGUGGUGCCAUCAUCAGGCAUCUGUGGUGGGUUCUCAGAAACAUACGCUGCUCUCUGUGACUACAACGGUGUCUGCUGUAGAGAGGAGGUUCAGUGGGACGUGGAUAUGAUUUACCACUCUCAAGAAAACCGGGAGUUUAACCUUCAAGACUUCAGUCACCUGGAGAGCAGGGACCUGGCUCUGGUUGUUGCUGCUCUUGCCUAUAACCAGUAUUUUCUCAAACUUCAAGCUGCAAAUCUCAAAUUGGGGUCUGAGGUCACAGAGCAGAUCCUACACUGCGUGGGACGGUCACAGCACCUAGAGGAACUAACCCUUGAAGACUGUGGACUGAGAGCGGACUUUGCUAUCCGACUGGCCUCUGUGUUAUCAGAUAAUGCAGUGUCCUCCCUGCACUCAUUGAACUUGUCACAUAACCCACUGGAAGACCGAGGAAUUUCCGCGCUCUCUCAGCAGUUUCUGUAUUUCCAUGCUGGACUACGGAACCUCAAUCUCAGCAAAACCAACAUAUCAGGAAGAGGGGCACUUGCACUGUUUCAGUCUCUCUGCCAGAAUGCUCUUUUCUCCUCCUCGCUGCAUUCUCUCACCCUCAGUAAGAAUCCUGGACUUCUUGGGAGCGAGGAGACCAAUGCACUUUACACUUUUCUGUCGCAUCCAAACUCUCUGGUUUAUUUGGAUCUUUCGGGAACAGACUGCGCUGUGGACACUAUUUUUGGAGCCCUUGCACUUGGAUGCUGUUCCUGUCUCUCACACCUUGACCUCUCAAAGAACUCAUUGUCUCACAGGAGAACCCCAGAGACACUACCAUCUGUGGAGAAGUUUUUCGGCAGCUCUCUGUCACUAUCACAUGUGUCUUUGAGUGGAACCAAAGUACCGCCAGAACUGCUGAGGGCUCUGCUGCAAGGACUUUGUUCAAACACGCACAUCCAGGACCUUCAUCUAGACUUGAGCAGCUGUGAGUUGCGCUCUUUAGGUGUUCAGAUAUUACAAGAACAGUUUCCUCCAAUCGCAAGCAUUGGAAGUCUAAACAUAUCCGAUAAUGGACUGGAUUCUCACUUACUGUCUCUUGUUCCUGCCCUUGGACGAAACAGACAUCUCAAGCAUCUCUCUUUAGGCAGAAACUUCUCAGUUAAAUCACGAGUCUUGGAAGAUAUACUGCAGAGAAUAGUGAAUCUACUGCAAGAUGAGGAUUGUUGCCUGCAGUCUCUUUCCCUCGCAGACUCUCGCUUGAAGUCUCGCACCUGCAUUGUCCUGAAUGCUCUUGGAAGCAAUACAUCUCUACAAGAGCUUGACAUCAGUGGAAACGGAAUGUCAGAUAUUGGAGCCAAAAUGCUAGGCAAAACCCUGCAGAUUAACACCACAUUGCGGUCAGUGCUUUGGGACAGAAAUGCAGUUACUGCCUCUGGGUUUAUGGAUGUAGCUCGAGCUUUGGAGAAGAAUCGAACUUUGCGCUUUAUGUCUUUUCCUGUUGGAGAUAUCUGCCAAGCCUAUCAGAGACAUCCGGACAGAGCUGAGAGUGCCUGGAAAAAGAUACACAGCUGUCUCCUGCGGAACUCUCAGACAUUGGCUGUUUCAGACCAGAGAGCACUGCGCUUGCAGCAGGGUGUAACAAGCAGUGCAGAGCAGAUGUUACAGACACUCUCAGUGAUGAUUCAUGAUCACAUUAAUGCCUUGAGCUCCUGUGACCUGGAGACUGUUCAAGACGACAUUUUAUGUGCAAGACAGUUGCUCCGAGAUGCAAAAAAUUGUCGAGCUCUGCUGCCACGCCUCCUGGAAGCAGGAAGCUGGUUGUCUCCAUCGGGCCCUGCACAGCGUCUGUUAGAGACUGUCUCAUUCGAGCUCUCUCGUGCAGUGGAUAGAGAAAUGCAGAAUAUUGCAGAUUCAAUGUGGGAAGCAACUCAGGACCUGUUCCCAGGAGCUGCUCGUGAUGCUCAAAGAGGGAGUGCAAUGCUCUGUAGGCUGAAAGAGCAACAUGGGCUCAGUCCACCCCAUUUCCGAGACAUGCUUCGCCAAGUUGGAUGUGAGAUACACAGCAAACUGAGGGCUGCACAACUUUCCCUCAUGUCUCGUCUCAGUAAUUCUGUUUUGGAGCAGGUUCUACAGGAAAUGCAAAGAACACACAGAAAACUGUCCCGUCACAGAUCCCAACUGCAAAUCCUGAUGGAGGAGGAGCAGAGGAUUCUGGGAUAUCUGCCCCAAACACCCCCAAGAAAUAAACAAGAAAGCCAUGAAGGAGAGAUCUACUCCAGCAUUGAUACCAUGGUGAUAAAAAAGCGUCUUCAAGGGAGAAAAAUCCGACCAGUCUCUGCAUUCAUCAGUGCUAGUGACCAAGAGUUAAGCCCCAGGACACUAGAUUUGGGUUCUCCAGGAUCACGUGACCUUAGUUCACCACCUGCACUCUCUUCGUCUGCCAGCAGUCAACUGUCCCGCUCCCUUAGUGUUUCUCUGGAAGGUCUAUCUGAGCUCCCCACGGAAGGUAGCAAACUUCAGCAUCAGACCCGAGAUCGACCCAAACAGCAGUCCAGGCGAGCCCCAGGAGGGGGAAAGGUUCGAGGCCCAACAUCUGAUUCAGAGAGGCCAGAUGCAGCACUUGAUGAAGGACUAGAUGAUUUCUUCCAUCGCACAGUGUUGACUCAGUCUCACAGUGUCUCUUCAGCCCCAUCAGGUGAUUCAGAAGGCCCACCCAAAAGGCGUCGUAGGAGUCUCUUUCAUUUCCGCAGAAGUAGGACUCCAAAACGUGAUCGAGAAAGAGCAGCGCCCCCACCUUCCCCAGGUCUUGAGGGAAACAUAGACCACCUAAAGCUGGAAGGGAUACCAAUGACUAAUGGAACGCCAACCAGCAAUGGAGUAGAAGGACCUUAUAUAGGAGCAGUGAGAGGACUGCCUGGUCGAGGAACUCCGUCUUGUGAGCAGACAGUGGAUGAAGUUCAGCCUGCAAGAUUGCGAGGAGUCCCUCUGCCUGGUGGAGUCCCACUUCCUGGAAUGGACAGUGUCCGUAUGUGGCGGGAGAUGGAUACCUUGGGGGGAACCAACUGCGGUCCUGAUGACAGGCGGCGUUCAUCUGGGGAUGGGGAGGAGGGUGCUACGUUUGAGGACAGACAGCCUUCUAUAUCAAAUGGAGACAGCAGCAAUCAGAAGAAUUUAUCAAGAGAAGAGGGAGGUCUUGUUGUUUCCUGCCCCCCUCCUGCAGAGCCGAGGCCAGUUGCUGCCCCACGGGGUAGGAAAGUGUCCUGUGGAGGGGGGCAUGGUGAUACUGAAUGUUCUGAAGAGACCAGGAAGGAAAUCCCAGUGCCAAGACCACGAAACAGGGAAUCUGUGAGAGAGGCGGCCCCCCCAGGGGGAGGUGGGGACAGCCCAGUGAUCAUUGAAAAGACUCUCACCAUAAACUAUUGCGCUCCACCAGUGCGAAGACCCCCACUUAAGCCACAGCGAUCACGCAGGAUGCAGUCAUGUGACUCAGCAGAGCCACUACCGCCUGUGACCAUCACAGGUGGAAUGCUGACAGAACAGAAGAUGCCUCAGAGUGAUGGUGCCAUUCUUCAUGGACUUCGUCACACUGCUGAACCCAAAGAAAGAGAUGCAAAGAGCCUGCCAUCUUCGGCCUGACUUUUCAACCCAAGGAAGGACUGGAGUUCUCACUUCUGCCAACUCACGCUUGGAAAUCUUUACCUGUGACUAGUAGGAGGUUUUUACCUGGGACAGUGUUACAGUGUGAAGAGUUAUUCCCUCUAGCCAGAUCUCAGUGUGUGACAACAGUCUGUGACCGGUCCCCUGUACCAUCUGUGCAUUUUCUGCACCUAAUAAAAAAAAAGCCAGUCAUCGAAAA